UGUAUCGGAUUCUCGUUUGUGCUUACAGACCGACGUCCUCGCCGAGUGGCCGCCCAACAACGUCCCGCCGCAUCUCGACGUGCACGGAACGAGCGCGAGCUGGGCAACCCAUGGCGCGAGCCCGAGCCAUUCUCAUCCGAGAUGUUUUGAGAGAGCAAUUUAACUUGGACCACGGUCGGUCGGGGUCGGCGGAAUAAAAGCGGCGUCGCGAGCGCGAUGCACGAGCGGACUACGGCGGCGGACCGCGGCACGAGGAAGUCGCGCGACCGGGCGAAUUAGCGGGGCCGUCCGCGGCGAAUUCGCGCUCCUUCUCCCCCAGGGUGACACGUCCUCCCCCCCCCCUUCGCCCCCCCUUCGCCCCCCGCCCCGGCCGGCUCUCUCGAGACCUCGGCUGUCCUCACCGACACCUCGACGACCAAGGUCGCCGCGCACGGUUAUGCUGGUGGCGUCGCUGCAGGUGGCCGCCAGCAAAUGCUGUCAUGCUGCUGCCAUGCCAGCCGGCGGCCCGGAGCCGGCCGCUGGCCGCGAGGAGUCCGAUCGGACCCAGGUCUAUCCGCAGCUCCUGCAUAGGACUCGUCGUCUUCCUGAUCGUCCUGUCAAGCCUGACCGGCAACGGCCGGGCAGCCUCUCAGCCAGUGACCCGCUACGCCUCGCGCAUCGUCGAGACCAAGAGCGGACAGAUACGUGGAAUACUUCAGGAACUGAACAGCCGGCACUUGGACCCCGUGGAAGUGUUUCGCGGUAUACCCUACGCCGCGGCCCCGGUGGGAGACCUAAGGUUCCGCGCCCCGAUCUCACCGAUACCUUGGAACGGCGUCAAGCUGGCGGACACCUUCGGCACGGUGUGCCCGCAAAACUAUCCGGACAUCACCAAUGACACCGCGGCGCUCUUGCAGAUGCCGCUCGGCAGAUACCAGCAGCUGAAGAAGAUGAUCGCCUCCCUGACGAAUCAGAGCGAGGAAUGCCUCUUUCUCAACUUGUACAUACCCGGAAGUGGUAAGGGAUCUCGAGGACUGGAGGCGCCGUACGCGGUGAUGGUGUACGUUCACGGUGAAAGUUUCGAAUGGGGAUCGGGUAACAUGUACGACGGAUCGGUCCUGGCGAGCGCCGGCCACGUCAUAGUGAUUACGCUCAACUAUCGCCUCGGCAUCUUAGGGUUCCUGAGGACCCGUCCGUUCCCCGACAGGACCAGCGGAUCCGGCGGCAAUUUGGCGCUGAAGGACAUCACGAUGGCGCUUCGAUGGGUGCGCGAAAAUAUCGGAGCCUUCGGCGGCGACCCGACGCGGGUGACUAUAAUGGGCCACGAUACCGGGGCAGCGCUGGUGAAUCUGCUGUUGCUCGCGCCUUACAGCAAAGGAUUAUUUCACCGCGUGGUAUUGUCCAGCGGCUCGGCGCUGAGUCCUUGGGCUUCGGUGCACGAUCCGAACGACCUCAGGACGAAGAUCGGCGAGCAGAUGGGCUGUUCGACCGAGGGCGACGACGACAUCGCCGAUUGCCUUCGCGGUGUGCCGCUGGAGACGCUGAUGGACGUGCAGUUACCGGAGAUCAGAUUCGUGCCGCGCAUAGGACCCGGUUUGCCGGUGGACCAAAAUAAUCCGGACCCGGGUCUGGACAUGGAGCGGGCGAGCGACGCAUUCAUCAAGGUGCCGCUGAUCCUGGGUGUCUCCACGACCGAGUCCAACCUCGAUUUCAACGCCAACGACAUCCAGUUCGGCUUCGAGGAGGAUCACCGGAACCGCAUUCUGCGCACCUUCAUCCGCAACGCCUACGUCUACCAUCUGAACGAGAUCUUCUCGGCGGUGAGGAACGAGUACACGGACUGGGAUAAGCCGGUGCUUCAUCCCAUCAUAAUAAGGGACUCGACGAUGGAGGCGUUGAGCGAUGGCCACACGGUAGCGCCGCUCAUGAGAAUCGCCUUCUAUCACGCGAGAAGGGGCGCCAAGACGUAUUUUUAUCAUUUCAAUCAUCAGUCCAAGGACAGCGGCUACCUGCAGCGGCUGGGGAGCGUGCGUGGCGAGGACAUACCGUACAUUUUCGGGCUGCCGUUGGUGGCAGGCGGGGCUUUCUUCCCGCGGAAUUAUUCCCGACAAGACCAGGGCGUUGCGGAGGCCGUCCUCACCUUCUUCACCAAUUUCGCCAAGACGGGCAAUCCGAACGAGCCGCACAAGAUCGAGUCGGUCGACUACGGCACACCGAAGGAGAAGACGCGAUUCCGCGGUCUCACAUGGGAACAAUACGAGACAGGCUCGCAGCAGUACCUCACGAUAGCACUGAAGCCCAAGAUGAAGAGCCAUUAUCGCGGUCACAAAAUGGCAGUGUGGUUGAAUCUGAUACCGCAGCUACAUCGUCCCGGCGACGACGACGUCUCCAUGCGGCAUCACCACUUCAGGGAACGCGGCGACCACUAUUACGCAGGCCCGGUGCGAGACGAAUGGUACACGCCGCUGCCGCUGACAGGCACGACUCGGACGAGCGCGUCCUCGACCACCGCCUGCAGCACGUCGACGGGCGACGACGGCCUCGCCGAGGACAUCACGCCGAUCUUGGACGACUCCGAGGACGACGCCGAGCUGCUGCAGCGGUUGGCGUCGCGCCACUACUACAGCACGACCACCGCCCUGGCCAUCACCGUGGGCGUCGGCUGCAUCCUCCUGGUGCUCAACAUGCUGAUCUUCGCCGGCAUUUAUUACCAGCGGGAUCGCGACAAGAAGCGCGCCACCAUGGACUGCAGACCCAACGGCCAGGAAUCGUUGCCGCUUACCACCAGGACGUCCAUCAAAUCCUCGGAGAACCCGCGACCCGCUCACGAGCCCCCGCCGUCGUACACGACCUUGGCCAGGAGCCCGUCGAUCCAGGAGCAGCAGCACCAGCAGCAACAGCUCGCCCAGGAUCCGCUGGACAACGGCGAGCAGUCGCGGAAAGAGCCGCGACCCAGCCACGGGAGCAGCAACACCAUCCACAAGGAUCCCAUCCCGCCGAAACCGCCGGCCCGCACCACCAGCUCGCUCAGCACCACCUCCGGCGGCACCAACACCAUCAAGAAGCGCGUGCAGAUACAAGAGAUAUCCGUAUAGCAUUAGGGGUUGCCCCCAGAGGGCAACAAUUCGCGGACAAAGCGGGUGACUUUCGUGGAGGCCACCGCCGAGUCCAGAUUCUGAUCGCAACUCGGAACUCUCAGUUGUCGAUCGCGCGAUCACGCGAGUCGGCCGGCGAGAAUUCUGGUCUCACGGUGGCAUACGAUUCCGCGCCGCGCGUGUGUCACACCAAUAUAGACCGGCAAUGCUGAGCACUCGAGGCGCAAAUUGGAGACUGACGCGCGCGGCUAAUGAUGACGGGAUAUUGCCACAUUUCGAUGCAAUGACCGAUCAUGAUCAUUAGCGAGAGCGUUUUCUCCCACGUGGCUCGCCGUGGCGCCACUAAACCCGACCGAACUGCCAUUAGCGGGCCGGCUUAGCGCGGCCGACCGUUAACUACUUAAGGGACAUUGUGGAUGAUUCUUUCUACCUGUAGAAAUGUAAGGAUGCACGUGAUCGUUACCGCUGAUAAAGACGUGGAUUGUGUACGUAGUCGCUACUCUUAAGAAGAUGGGAUAUCGUUGGAGGACGUAGCUCUCUCUCGCGAGGGGGGAGGGGAGGGGGGGGGGACUUAGUGAAAUACGCUGUAGAAAGCUCGAAACGCCUCCCUUUUCUCCCAGGGAUCAUUGUUGCAAGAGGUAUUCGAAGGUAUCGAUGCGACGUCUCUCAGCCGUUUCAUUUGUCGCGACUCUACGUAAGUCGCGAUUCCCUUUUCGGAGGACAGCGGGAAAUAGGUGGCCUUAAGUAUUAUUGCAGCGACAUAAAGAGAAAGAGGAAAAGAGAAGAACGCAUCGACGUCUUCGAAAGACACGAAGAAAGGCGGGGAAUUACCGGGACGAGAGAGCGCGGCACAUGAAUGGGAAUUCGCGCAAGAGGUCUCGGAUCGGAUUCGAGCAUAUCCCGGCCGACGCGACUGCGUCCACGUAAGAAUACCGUCGGGUCGGCCAGCUAAGCGCUGUGUAAUUAACAACGGCUCCGACGAGACGCGAAGAUUCUCGGAAACGAUCGGGGAAAUACCGGGCUAAUGUACAUACACAUAUACACGCACACGUACAGUCACGAAGCAUCUCAGCGGCGCUUUGCGAAGCAUCGAUCGGAAGGAAGAGACACUCGACGGAAACGGAUCAAACGGAUCGUCGCGAUAAGUGGCCCGAUAUUCGAACGAAACGAUAGCGCCCGAAGCACCAAAGAGAGGGAGCUCUCCCCCCCUCUCUCUCUCUCCCCCCCGCAAGUGCCACUUGCCACUUGCGCCCGCCCUGAGAUUGCGACACACAAGCGAGCGUGUGUGACUGUGCCCGAGGCUGCAACUUUCGAAGUAUCCGCGUAUUUCCGAUCGAAGAUCGGCCGGUGGCUUGAUAACGCUCGCAUUCCUUCGAAGCUCACCCGGCCCGAAGCUCUCGCAGAGAUUGCGCUAUGCGACGUGAAGCCGAGGUGGGAAUGCACCGUGACUCGAACAUGGUGGCGCGGCGACCCUCGAGAGCACCGAAUCCGACCUCCGCUUGAGUGUUCCGUCUUCAAGUGUUCUUCUCGUAGGCGGUAGUCCGACGGUGAUGAGCCGGCGACCGGAAAGCUCCGCUCUGUGACGAUGAUCUCUCACUCGUGAAAGCUUCUCACCUACGAGCCCCGAGCUUCCGACUGGCGGUAUCCUGUGCGCGCAUAUAUUCUUCACGUUGGCACGCGAAUUCGUACGCACGAGACUCGACGCGAGUAUCGUCGAGACGUCGGUAUCCAGAAAGAGGCGCGAGAGCACGUCAACGCGCAGUGUGUGUCCAUCGCUGCUCGAGACAUGACCGAAUUACUUCUUUCGCACGAGGUCGCUCCGGCCUCGUGAACACCGCGGCGGAAUUUGGAAUUUCUCGUCGAAGUUACCCUCUCGUGUAAGAGUCAAGACUCGUGGGUAUAUCGACGAGCGAGCUUGGACUGAGCUCGAGGCUAUCAGAGUGGGAGAUUUUCACCCUGGACACUGUCUGCUUGAACUCUUGUCUGCUCGUGUGCGAUACACCGACGAGUCACCGCCUACGAUCAAAUAUCUGCUCAAAGAAAAAAAAAA